CGUUCGUUUGACAACAGUUGUUGUCAAACCAUCGGGGUUUGAGAGUACUUUUUUCAAAAUGUAGGCCAACGCACUGAACCAAAGAGCAUUGGCACAGUUCUUUCUCGCAACUGCGUGCUGGCGCUUACUCCGCUGAUAACCACAGAGCGAUGCAGUUGAAUUGGAUGCUUUCACUCUCGGUGGGAUUUACCGAUCCAAAUGAAAUCCCGUGGAAGCUGCAGUGCAGCACCGGUUUGCUGAACAUCUGCGAGAUGAAACAUCCCACGUUGACACUGGACAGCGUGGACCGGGGAAUGCACCUGCCGGCGACCAACCUGCGGCUGGUUGAUGGAUGGAUACCGGAGUUUGAUGUUGAGAUGGCCGAGAUGUUAAGGCCGGAAACUCGAGUGUUGGCGAUCAUGAACUGUUACGUGCGGGUGUUUGUGAUUCGGGAGAUGCUCCGGGUGUUGAUUUUGGACGAAAAUGUGAUUGAAAAGGUUGAGCUGGUUGAGUCGGCCAAGCAGUUUGAGCUGGAAUCCCUGAAUCUUGAUAGCAAUAGACUAACGGAUAUAUCAUUUGUGACGAAGCUGACAAAGUUGAAUGUACUUAGUUUAAGGGAUAAUAGGUUGAAACAUUUGGACAUGAGCUUGUUCAACAAUCUGCGCAGUUUGGCAUAUCUCUCGUUAAUUUCCAACCAAAUUAAAACGUUGGGAACUGCCAACAUGGGGUUAUCUCCGAUUGAACACUUGGCUAUUCACCGCAACCAUCUGACUGAGUUCGACACAAAGGGUUGGCGAGCGGAUAACUUAACGUUUCUUAACAUCGUUGGCAAUCGCUUAAGGUCAAUCAACAAGGUGCAGUUCGCCAAGUCCUUUCCCUCCUUAAAGUACGUAAUGUAUUACGAAAACCCUUGGAACUGCGGCCAGCUGGAGUUGUUUCAGUUUUACCUUCAAACACGGAUAAUUUCAAACUUUAGCUACGAUAACAGUUUGGCUCAGUGCUACGAAGACAAUGUUCAUCGGGUUGCGCUCCGGCUGCCGGAAUUGAUCGAUUUGUCCGAAGAUUCGUUGAUCAAUCUUAAGACCACGGUUGGAGCGCUGUUUGAUGGUGAAGGGACUAAACUUGGUCAAGUUGAAGCGAGAGUUGACAGGGCACAAAAGUCACUCCAAGUGAUGAGGGAAAGUUUAGCUAAAUUGAGGUCAAGAUAUGAUUUGAUAAGAAAAGAUUUAAAUUUCUUUAAUUUCUUUGACAAAGUGUAUUGAAACUAAUAAGAAGAAACUUUGCAAUAAACACACACACACACACACACUAAUCACAAGACGGAAGCUUCUUUGAACAGCUGAGUAAAAAUUGCGUUAUCAGCUUACUCACUUCAAGUCAUCUACAGU